GUGUGUUUGUUAUAAAGUCAAUGCAAUCAAAAGGUGCCCUUUGAUUGCGCUGUUAAUCUGGUUAUUUAAAUUUUAGCCUUUUUGGGGUUCCAAAAAGAUUCAAUGUUGAGAACUCUGAAAGAGGGGGAAAAAACAGGGUUUGGAAGUGAAAGGAAGGGGAGAUAUUUGGAAUGAUGGAAGGGUUGAAUUUGUUGGAGCUCAGCAUGGGUGUGGUGCUAUAAUUACAUCAACUUUUAAAUAUUUUGAGUGGCCUUGUCUGUUCUGUUAUAAAGGUUUGAAGAAUUUACUCCGUUAGUGUUUGUCUGUGAUGAAAUUAAGGCGUAAACACUACAUGCCUUCUUGUGCUUUUCACCUUAGAGUAAUCUCUUAACUUCCAAUCAAUUCAUUUUUCAGCUUUUGAUUUCAUGGAGAACGAGAUCGAAACUGUUUUCAUCUUGAUCGUUAUAUGUUUAGCAUUAUUGGACUCGAAAUGAAGUUUCUUUCUUCAUGAUUUCAACACUAAGACUGAGUUUCAAUGAGUGAUCAUUUGUGUGUAAUCUGAAAUCAAAUUUUGUACUAUCAUAUAUCUAGAUCAUUACGGGAACACAUGGGCAUAAUUAAAAGAACAUAUGACCUAUACAACUAGGGAGUAAAAUUCUUACAAAACCUUCAAUAUUUUGAUUUGAUGGCCUGACAUCUUGUUUCUCUAAACGAUAUUUCAUUUCAUUCUAUACUUGCACAAUACUUGUUUUUUUCUGUCGUGUAAAAUGUGCUUUUCAAUUACCAUUUUCGAUGUUGAUGAACUAACUUUUUGUUACAACAACCAAUGGUGGCAUCUUUUUUUCCUCUUCUUUGGCACUAGCCUCGCAUGACACAAGCCUUCCACUUUAUACUGAAGCAGGCUUCUGAAUUCAGGUCGAUGGAGAUGAAAUUUAUUGGAAGGCAAAGAAGCAAGAUGAAGAAUCAGAAUUUUCAGAAAAUUCUCCUCACAUAAUAUCACAAUUAGCUCAGUGCUUUUGUGAGUGAAAAUAGUAGUCAAUUUAAAGUAUUAGUUUUUUUGAUAAGAUGUCUUCCCUCUUCUUAUGCUUACUUCUCGCUUCAUUUACUUGUAAAUCCUCCCCAUUUUUGUACUAGAGAAUAGAUUUCGUGAACCAUUUUGUUAUACUCUGCUUCCGUGUACCUUUGUUUGAAAUUAGUGAAACAUAUAACUGAGUUGCUGCUAAUGUGGUUUGUUCUUGAUAAUGUUGAUUGCUUAAGUGUAUAAAGAUUUCAGCAUUUUUUGGCGUAAAAUAUCUCGAACAUCUUUAUCUGAUUGGUUGAGUGGCAAUUGCAGAGUUCAUAUUACUAUCUCUGUACUUAUGAAACGUUUUCCUUGAUAGCUAAUGCUAUGGUUGGUCCAAGAGCGUGGAUAGGAGGAAUAUUUACCAGAUCAGGCAAUAAGCGUUUUGGCAGUAAUAAGUUUCUUGACUACCCUUUCACUCCUGAACAGGAAGAGAAUCUUCAGAUGCUUCAAGAACGAAUAGGAGUACCUUUUGAGGAAACUUGCUUUGGUCAUCAACUAGCUCUUCACACGUUGUGGGAUCUGUCCUUUCCAAAUGUUAAGCUCAAAGGCUUAAUAUCUGAUCAGUGGAAGGAUAUGGGAUGGCAAGGAUCUAACCCAGCAACGGACUUCAGGGGUUGUGGCUUCAUUUCACUUGAGAAUUUGAUAUUUUUUGGAAGAAAUUAUCCGGCUUCUUUUCAUAGGUUACUUUUCAAGCAAACUGGAGAACGGGCAGAAUGGGAAUAUCCAUUUGCUGUGGCUGGAGUUAAUGUAUCAUUUAUGCUAAUUCAAAUGUUGGAUUUGCAGUCUGCGAAACCAAAGAGCCUUCCAGGAAUCAAUUUCGUCAAAUUGUUGGGAGAAAAUGAAGACGCAUUCGAUUUGUUAUAUUGUAUAGCUUUUGCAAUGAUGGAUGCCCAAUGGCUGGCAAUGCAUGCGUCAUACAUGGACUUCAAUGAAGUCUUGCGCGUAACCAGGGUACAAUUGGAAAGAGAGUUGUCAUUAGAAGAUGUUCACAAGAUACAAGAUCUCCCAGCCUACAAUUUAUUGUACAACUAAAUUCUUCUCCUUCCAACCCUCCCUUCAUUAGAAGCUGAACUUGUGCGCUUCAUAGUGUACCAUCAGCUCGGCAUAUGUACAUAGGCCUUAGGAGCUAAUGAAGCAUUCAGAGCGACAGCAAUAUUAUGGUUCGUUCAUGGAGAAGAUGGAUGGUCUUGGACUUCCAUUUUGAUAUGCAAUAUGUAGUUAGACAGAAUGUAAGGGGUUGCAACUUAUAAGGUCAAAAUUCCGCUCAGAGGGCUAGCUUAAUUCUUGUUCUUAAAUGGGAUUAUUUCGGGAAUCUAUGCUGCUUCUAAGAUCUGGGCAUUGAAUGCCAGUGGUACAGUGUCUUUUUUCCCCUUCUGUGUGGUUUUUGCGCUUUUUGUGGUGAGAAGAUGGGAGAUUUUUGAUUCCCAAAGAUGGUCAGUAUUCUUGAUAACAUGCUAUUUGGUGUAAGGAUACUCUUAGUCCAACAGAAAAAUGAUAAAGGGUUUUUACCACGAAGACAAAAAAAAUCAUAAUCAAC